AUGUCGCUUUCUCCAGAACUACGCGAUCAAUAUGUCGAGAUCAUUGACUCGAUUCUCGGAAAGAGUGAUCUCAAUACCAUCUCCGAGAAGCGGAUUCGCAAGGGUCUCCAGGAAGUCGUCGGUUAUGAUCUCACUCCGCAGAAGGCUGCCGUCAAGCAGCUCAUCAUGGAACGAUUCGAUGUCUAUGCGGAGAAGAACGGCGUUGGGUCUCCGGAAGAGACCACCGCCAGCAACGGCCACAAAGAAGGCGACUCCGCUUCUGCAGUCCCAUCCCCACCCCCGUCCUCGUCCCCUGUGAAACGCGACGCCGAUAGCGAGGAAGCAUCGCCUGUUGACAGCGAGCCGCCCGCCAAGAAACACAAGCCGGAUGCCGGGGCCAAUGUCGACGCAGAUGCCGACGUCGACGCCGAUGCGCUCUAUGCGGCGAAGUUGCAGGCCGAGGAGAAUCUGCGCGCGCGGCCAACAAGAGGCGGAGGCACUCGUCGCGCAGCUCCAUCUAAGAAGAAAAGCAAAGCCAAGACUUCAAAGCGGGUCAAGGCGGACGACGACUCGGACAUCGAGUCUGGCUCGGACACAAACAAAAAGAAGGAGGUCAACCGAACUGGCGGGUUCCAUAAACCCCUCAACCUCUCUCCGCCUCUGUCCGCGUUGCUAGGUGGAGAAGUGACGCUUUCGCGGCCUCAAACGGUGAAGAAGGUCUGGGAGUAUAUCCGGGAGAAUGAACUUCAGGAUCCCAGUGACCGACGCCAGAUCCGAUGCGACGACGCCAUGCGCGCCGUCUUCAAGCAGGAUCGAGUGCACAUGUUCACCAUGACCAAAAUCCUGAACCAGAACUUGUACAGCCCGGAUGAAUAG